GCUCGGGCCCUGCGCUGACCGCUGAGCCAUGAGCGGGGGCGAGGUGGUCUGCGCCGGCUGGCUGAGGAAGUCGCCCCCCGAGAAGAAGUUGAGACGCUAUGCGUGGAAGAAGCGCUGGUUCGUCCUGCGGAGCGGGCGGAUGAGCGGGGACCCCGACGUGCUGGAGUACUACAAGAAUGACCGGUCCAAGAGGCCCCUGCGCGUCAUCAACCUGAGCCUGUGUGAGCAGGUGGACGCCGGCCUGGCCUUCAGCAAGAAGGAGCUGCAGGACAGCUUCGUGUUCGACCUCAAGACCGGCGAGCGCACCUUCUACCUGGUGGCCGAGACGGAGGAGGAGAUGAGCCAGUGGGUGCAGAGCAUCUGCCAGAUCUGCGGCUUCAACCAGGCCGAGGAGAACGCGGAUGCCCCGUGGAACGCCCGCGCCGGGCCCCGAGCCUCCCCGUCGCCUGCCGCCGCCGCCGCCGCCGAGGUCAGCGGCGCCUGGUGCCAUCAGGCCGCGUUCCCGCUCCCCGAGCGCAACUGUUCGGGCCCGGCCGUCCACUCCAGCCAGCCGGCGCUCUGUACGUUGGACGCCGGUCCGGCCCCGGCCCAGGCCCCGCUGUCCACCAGUGCCCCUCAGGACUACCUCUUCCUGCACCAGUGCGUCAGCCGGCGGGCCGAGAACACCAGGAGCGCCAGCUUCUCUCAGGGCACCAGGUCUUCGUGCUUCGUGCGGGGCGACGGCGCCGGGCGGAAGCCGGCCCAAGGCAAUGGCCACUGCGUGAACGGGGCCGGGGGCCCGGCCCACGGCUUCUACAGCCUGCCCAAGCCGAGCCGGCACCGCUCGGACCUCCGGGACGGCUCCUGCCACCUCCCCAGGCGGCUGGGCUCCUCCUCGGGACCCCCGGACUCCGAUCCCGAGGAGGGGUCGGCCCACCAGGCCGCCGGCCUCGCCUUGGGCCGCGUGCUCCGGGACCUGGCUCUGGACUCCCCGGAAGGCCCCGCCACCCCGCUCUCCACCUACCAGAUCCCCAGGACAUUCGCCCUCGACAAGAGCCCUCCUCCGCGGCCCCCCAAACCGGGGCAGGCGGAGUCGCCCCGGCGGGGCAGCCCCCAGCAGCGGCCCCGGGACGGCGGCCGGACGGUCUCGGCGGCCACCACCAUCCCCCGGCGAAACACUCUCCCCGCGGUGGACAACAGCCGGCUACACCGAGCCUCUUCCUGUGAGAUGUGCGAGCACCCCCAGCCCGGCCCUGGGAGUGGUAGCGUGGGCCGCUCGGUGGAGUCCGUCGACGAAGGCUUCAGCUCCUACCUGCGAGCCAAAGCGGCGCUGGGCCGCUCGGACAGCGGCGCCUCGGAAGACAACUACGUCCCCAUGAACCCGGGCUCGGCCUCGCUGCUCCAGGCAGACAGGGGGACCGACGGCCCCCAGGGCCUCUACAUUCCCAUGAGCCCGGGCCCGCACCACUUGGACCUCCUGGGCUUCUCGGGCAGCGGGGCAGUCCCAGGCCGCAGGCCCAGCGGCCCGGCCGGGGGGGGCGAGGUCCAGCCGCCCCCCGUCAACCGCAACCUCAAGCCGGACCGCAAAGCCAAGCCCACCCCCCUGGACCUCAGGAACAACGCCAUCAUCGACGAGCUGCCCUUCAAAUCCCCGGUCACCAGGUCUUGGUCCAGGCCAACCCAAACCUUCACCUGGGGCUGCUCCCAGGCCUGCCGGCCGGUCUCCAGCCAAAGCGUCACUAGCACGGACUCCGGGGAUAGUGAGGAGAAUUACGUUCCCAUGCAAAACCCGGCGUCGGCGUCGCCCGUCCCCCACGGUGCCAGCAGCCCCUCCCACAAGAAGAGCACGGGCAGCGUGGAUUACCUGGCCCUGGACUUCCAGCCCGGCUCUCCGAGCCCUCACAGGAAGCCCUCCACCUCGUCGGUCACCUCCGACGAGAAGGUGGACUACGUGCAGGUGGACAAGGAGAAGACGCAGGCCCUGCAGAGCACCAUGCAGGAGUGGACGGACGUCCGCCAGUCCUUUGAGCCCGGCAAGGGGGCCAAGCCCUGACCGCCGCCGGUGGGACCGGGUCUGCGGAGACGACGGCCACCCCCGGUGGGCCCCUGCCGAGCCCCCGGCCCCAACCGGGCCCUGAGGUUGCCGGGGGCCGAGCCGCGAGAGCCCACUCGAUAUCAGGAUCUCGCGGCCUGGCUCAGCCCGCCUCUGCUCUGCGCGCUGCCUGGGUCCCCCAACCUGGUGUGGGAGGACCAGGGGGAGGGUCAUGAUGUCCUCAAGACCCUGGACUGCAGUUUCCCGCCCCUCACCUCUUCUCCCCGACAGGUUGUCACUAAAGGAGGGUCUACAAGGGCCAGUUGCGUGGCGGCGAUGGGGCCGAUGCCCCCUGGGUUCCGGCCGUGAGGGCCGAAACCUUCAUUCGUCCCACAGCUGCCUGGACUGGACUCCGAGGGAGCAGCCACCUGGGGCAGGAAACACCCUAAACUGGAUGUUUCUGACCCCAUCGUGGCCCCCGGGCCCCUUCCCUGGCCCUCUCGUGUGAAAAUUAAACCCCCACGGAGCCGGAUGGAGCAUGUUGGAGUGGGAAACCAGGCGGGAUCCAGGGCUGGAGGUGGGCUCUCUUCCGUCUCUGGGUGUGGAGCCGGGGCUGAUGGGGACUGGCAGAUGGGGCCCCCCAAAAGUGGGAGAUGCCCAGAGCAGAGCACGGGGGGUCCAGCCAGGGGGCAAAGAAGAAUGCCCAGGGUUGCGGGGGGGACGGACAGUGAGGUCAGGGGCACAAAAAAUGGAGGACCAAACUGGACCCGAACCCUCUCCGCUGGCCAGGGCCAAAGCCCCUUCCUGACCUGGGCCCGAGGGAGCCCGCGGCAUCCUGCCCAGCCCCGGUCUGGCUGGGGGGCCGGCCGAGAGGACUGGGCCAUUUCUUUCCCGAAUAAAUCGCAGCCCCGGUCCUGCCCCUUUCUUAAUAAUUACAAUAGUCACUGAGGUAUUUACGAAGAGCCGACUCUGUGCCAAGCACUGCGCUGAGCCCUGGGGUGGGUACAGGAACACCAGGCCGGACAUAGUCUCCGUCCCAUAGCCGGCUCCUGGGCUACGUAGGACCAUUUGACAAAUUUUCAAGGGCCCCCGGCCCAGAAAGGCUUCCGGAUUCGGACCCCCGCCCCAAAACUCCCCUCUGCCGAGUCUGGACCACUUGCUCCAUCCUAGAGAGCCCCCAGCCCCUCGAUUUAAUCCAGAGGCUUUGGCUUCCCUCACGGCCCCGUGCCCACAGGGUCCCGGGAACUCAGGUAUCGGGUCCGAGCCGCGGCCGAGGGAGGCUCGGGCUCAAAAUGAAAAUGCCGGACAUAAAGGCGUCCAGGGCCAAAUCCAGGCUGGGCCGGCCGAAAGCCGGACACGUGGCCACCAAACCCUCAAGGUCGGGGACCGAAGUCCCGGCCCUCGGAGUGGGAGAUUCCUGCGUCGGCCCGGAAGACGGGCACAGCGUGUGUUUUUGCGGCCCUGCUUAGAACUGAUUGUUGGUUUUUCCCCCCCCCCCCCACUCCCUCAAAUCACUGUGGAUGGCUAACCACUUAAGUUAUUAAUUUAUUCUUUUUCCUUUCCAAAAAGAAGAAUAAUUUGUAACACGUGUUUACGCCGCGAACGAGUCCGGAGCCGGCCGGGUCUAGCGUAAGGUGCUGUUUGUGUUGUGCCGUGGGCGGUGCCCGGAGCGCCCCAGCUGAGUGGGGGCACGGUUGCCCGCUGCUGCUGCCGUUGCCGUCGCACUUCAGCAGGACGAAGACAAUAAACUGUGCACUGAC